UUAAGCUGUGGUUGGUGGAUUUCCCCCUCACAUGACCCUUGUUGCGCAAUGUUUAAACAGAUAUAUCAUGUGUGUGGUUUUCUCAACUUCUCUAAGUGGAGAGGAAAAUUGGGGAGAUCGGGCAAGGAGUAAAAUAGAUGGACAUUUUUGGAGGAGGAUUGAUCAGUUUAAGAACGAGAACCCUGGUGGAAGCAGAAUUGUGUCAGUCUUACAGUUGCUAAAGCCAAAUUCAACAGAGGCCUUCAUGAUGGCGUCCAGCGCAAACACCUCUACUACUGUCCAGCAGUCCUUCUCUCUGCCCGUCUCGGCCCAGGUCGGCAUCGGCAUCCUGUCGCUGGCGUUCAUACUGGGCUUCCCCGGGAACCUGUUUGUGGUUUGGUCGGUGUUCUGCCGAGUGAAGAAACGCUCGGUGACAUGUCUGUUGGUGCUGAAUCUGGCGAUGGCGGACGCCUUCGUGCUGCUCAGCGCCCCUCUCUUCAUACGGUACCUAUCCAGCCUGGACUGGGAGUUCGGCUCGGCAGCGUGCAAGCUGGUGCAUUACUUGUCAAAUGUCAACAUGUACGUGUCCAUCUACCUCAUCUGUCUGAUGAGCAUGGACCGCUGGCUGGCUGUCACCAGGCCUUUUCUGUCCCAGAGAAUGAGAACCAAGCGCUCCCUGAUGGUUCUACUGCUCACCGUCUGGGUGUUGGCGUUCCUCCUGUCCUUGCCGAUGCCUUUCUACCGCAGUAUAAUAAAUAAGCCAAUCGGACACAACAUCACAUUGAGAUUCUGCAGUCUGUACCACUGGAAUAGUAAUGGUCACCAGGUUUUCCAGUACGUGUUUGAGACCACCAUGGGCUGCGUGGUGCCAUUCUCCCUUGUCAGCUCCUGCUACUCGUCCGUCCUCUGCCGACUGCAAAAUGCCAAGUUUCAGCGCAGGGCACAGGGCAGCCGCCUAAUCCUGCUCAUCAUCAGUGCCUUUGCGGUCUUCUGGCUGCCUUAUCACAUUGUCAACAUCAUAGAGGUGGCCGGUUUAUUGCAGAAUAGCACUUCAGUAACCCAGGCUGCCGCCACAGCCCGCCCCAACGUCACGGCCUUCGCCUACUUCAGCAGCGCAGUCAACCCCAUCCUCUACGUGUUUGCCGGAAGCUCCCACAUCCGCCAGGCCGGGCUCAGCUUCAUGGGCAGGCUCUUCGAGGCAACCAACUCCGAGAGCAGAAGCACGUCCACGUUCACCCGCAGCGGCCGCAGCAGCUCCUCGCCGGAUGAGAGUUCCGUCCUGCACACGCUGUCCGUCAAACUGGGGAAGCCCUUCAAAGGCAAGAACAAGGAGAGGAGCUGCAGCGUGGCGGGAAGAGAGGCGGACGCGCCUGAACUCAAGACUCUGGCCACUGCUGAUCUUGGCAUUUAAACUAUUCUGCCUGGACUAAAUUCAGAAUUGGACACAUUUUUUUUCUUCUUUUUUUUUUCUUUGAGAGUUUAAUUUUAUUCAGCUUGAUCCCAUUAGGCUUAGAGUUAGAAUGAAGCUGAGAUCAAACACUGGAUUACAUACAUGGUUUAUCUCGUGUGAAUCUCUGGACAGGCAGUCUGAAUCUAGUGCAGGAAGGGCGGACUCCACCACGAAAAGUUACACAGAUGUAAUCAGAGAGUGUAAAUAGCCAGAAAAAUGCUUGGUGUGGAACCACUCCAGAGUUCAUUGUUGUUUCAUGAAAGGAAAAUGAUUAGAAGUGAGUUUAUGGAAGAAUGACCAUAGUUAGCUUUACACAGAAAGCAAACACACCAAACCGCCGAUUAUGGGAAGUUAAAGUCUUCCACAAGCUGUCACCUAAUUAAUAUGUUAAUUUAAACUUGCUGCACUGUUGGUCCAGAAAAAAGAUAUUUAAAUAGAAUUUGUUUGCAUAUUUUAUAGUUAAGCAUUUGUUAUAAGAAGCUCAAGGUUGGACGUUGUUGCAUAUGUUGCUCUGAUUUCAGAGACAUGAUCAUUGCUAGAUAAUAUGUAUUUUUAUUUUACUUUAAUUUAACAAGGGAAAGUAAUUUCCCUCGUGGAUCGUUGAAAUCUGUCUAAGUUUAAGUCUAAGUCAGCUAAGAAGGAAUUUGUUAAGCUUUCAUAAUGUUAGAAAAUCUGUUUUGUUUUGUUUUUUAGCUAUGCUGUUGCUGAUGCAAUGAAUGUUCAGUGACAUGAACAGAACAUUGCAUGACAAACAUUUCACCAAAGCAUUCUCUGGUUCACCGUUAUGUGCAUCACUACCCCUUUUUUUUUUUCACAAUGCUCUGCUGAAAUUGUUACAUUGCAAAAUUUCAUGUGGUUGAGUGGAAGGGCCAAAGCUGUCAACAGAUGUUCUGUGAGACUAACUGGAGUUAAAAGGGAACAAGGUCACAGGAAAUUUGAGUCAUAUUUUUUGACAUCUUUAGCUCUUGGCAUGAUAGCGUAGUUCACAAAUGCUGAAGACCGUUAACCGCCAUCUGACUAAUAUCUCAGGCUCACACAUGUCACUGAUGUCGCCCUUUAGCGAGGAAAGACACUGUGACUGAGGGCUGAUUUUCCAUCUUCUAUCUCUGGAGUGCAUGAGUUGCCUAGUUGCUUUUUCUUUCAGCAGUUUUCCCCUUCUUUAUCAGUUAUGCUGUGAAUAUUUCUUCUUGUUUUUUAUUUCAUGAGAAAGAUCUGAAGGUCUUGCCAAUGCCUAUACGUAGGUCUAGCAUGCUGUUCAGAUCAUAUGGAAGGUGAAAUAUGACAAAUUCAUAAAUAAAGUGAGUGAAAACUCAAGAAACCGAA